AUGCUCCUCUUCAAACCCUCCAGAUCGACCUUGGUAUCAAUCAAGGCACCAUUCCGUCUUGUGACAAGACACUUUAGCUUGCAGAAUGUUGCGGCCGCAGCGCAGAUGCCCCCUCGGCUCGUCCUCAAGGAGGAAGACAUUGAGGAAGCUUUCCUAAAAGGCAGCGGGCCUGGAGGCCAGAAAAUUAACAAGACUGCGUCCGCCGUCCAACUAAAGCACGUCCCCACUGGCAUGACCAUAAAAUCACAAGCCACUAGAUCACGGUCACAGAACCGAAAGAUUGCCAGGCGUUUACUCGCAGACAAGAUUGAGGCUGCAGAGAAGGGCCCUGAAAGCAGGACGGCGUUGAAGGCGAAUAUCAAGCGAAAGAAGAAGGCUAGCGCGAGAAAGAAGUCGAAGCGAAAAUACAAGACUUCGCAGGAGGGGAGAGAGGAUGAGGAAGAGGAAGUUGAAGAUGACAGCGAUGAACCUGUAGAGGAAAAGGUAAAGGAGGAACGUGUGUGA